AUGCGCUUGAGGGCACACCACACUUCUCUGGAGAUUUCAAGAACGACCAUGAUUGAACGUUGGGUAUUGAUCCCCAUCUGUUUGGGUAGAGGCGUGAAUUAUACAAGGAGGACAAGUACUAAUUCCACCCACAUAACCAAAAGGUUGAGAGGUGCUGUGAAGGUAGAAGUUUGGGACGCCGCAGAGGAGGAGGACGAGAUUGAGGAGACAACAUGUGUGGUUGAGGCUAUUAGAAAAUCAGUACCGUUGACCAAAUUUUGA